AUGUACUUAAACCAAUGUAUAUUAGAAAUAGCUACAGAAAGUGUGCAUAAAAGUAGCUUUAUGAAUAUAGAAGGACAGCAGUACUGCUCAAAUAGGUAUUCUGCAAUCCUUAGUGGUAGUUGUAAUUUAGGAAAUGAACAAGAUUUGAUUUUAAAACCUACAGGAAUGGCAUAUUCUUUCUCACCUUGGCAAAUGGAUCGAAAAGUACUACAAAGGACUUAUGAAGAUAUAUCAUUAAUAGAUUACAGUUUGAAUAUGUCUGGAAUUUCAAGGCCAAUUUCUAUGGGAAUUACAUGUAGAGAAACACAGACCCCAAACACUAUUAGUAGUAGUUCACAAAAUCGUAGAGCUUUGAAAGACUACUUAGAAAGUUUUCUCAUUUCUGGAAGUACAAAUGUAACAGUUCCUUCACCGUAUUUAAAUAUAUCACGUACUUUAUCUAUAUGGCAGAAAACUCAAGGGUUGCAGAGUAGGUUUGUAGCUGAUUUGAUUGACUUUGCUAAAUUAUGUGGCGUGCCAAGACACCAUACAUACAAAGACUUGUUUCAUAUGUUAAUUGGACUAUUUAAAACUAAAUUAAAGUCAAAGGAAAUGGAUUGCAGAUCAUAUCCUCAAUUUGAAUCUUUGGUUUUGAACUCAAUUAGAGAUAUCCAAACUCCACAAUUAGUGGAGCCAAUCAUAUCAAUGUUAUUACAAUUCCCUAUAUUACCACCAAAAAUUAUCAAUGAAAUAUUAUCACUAGAUACGUGUCUAUCUCCAACCUUUGCAACUUUCUAUAAAUUAGCCCCAUUAAAGUUAAAACAACAAAUAUGGUUGGAAAGACCAAGAUGGUUCAUUGCUGAGAUAACUCCCUUUAUUAUGAAAUGUAUAAACCUACUAUCAAAUGUAGAUUCAUUUUCAAAGAAUACUUCUUCAAACUUUGGUAGUAGCCAAUGUCAGAAUAUAAAUGCCGAAAUAAACAAAUUAUUUGAAUUUGUUACGUUGAAAAGGAAUAUAAACAGGGAAUCUUCAAAGCUUGGGGAAACAAAUGACGAAUUUACAGAGUUUUAUAGAGAAAUUGAGGAGUCUAUAUUUAAUAAUUCAAAACAUUCUAGCAAAGAUUCGGAUAUACUUGAAGACCAAAUUUUAGGUUCAAUCUGUUCUUCAACUUCUAACACUGUAGAACAGUCAAACUUCUGUGAAUCUCUUUCUAUGUUUGCUUUAAGAUCUCAGGCUUUAUAUAUUGCAUCAGUAGAAACUGAAUAUGAUGACUUAGAGAAAAUGAGAGACCUGAUAAAGAUUUUUCCAUUUUCAACACCAAAUACAAAAAAAGGUCUUACUAGUUUUAUUAAACUUGAAAAGGAGCAAUAUGGCACUAGCCAGAAUAUUUCUUGUUUAGUACUCAACUCUUCAUUGAAUCAGAAUUCGACUUCAUUAUCUUUAUCAUCUAAUUUUGUGCUAUGUGGAAAUAUCUUGGAGAUUGGUCGUAUCAUUGCUUAUAUUGCAUAUUGUAUUGGAGAUUACGCAGAUUUGUACAUUUGUUUUGCUUCUAUUAUUAGACAGAUUUUUAGUGAGUCACUAUCUUGUAACAUUAAUAUGUUACAAACAUUUCCAUCUAUAUUGAACUCUUCUACACCAAUAAAACGUCCUGUCACAAGCAACAGCUCAAAUUUUGAUGUCUAUAUUCCCAAUUUACCACCUUCAGUAACUACAAAUAGUAUUUUGAAUUCUUUAGCCAAUCCAGUUUACUUAGCUAAUAACAUGAAUGUUCCUCAAUUAGAUCACAACUCUACCUCAAAUAAUGUAACUCAUACACAAAAUACUCGUUUGACAUCAAAUCAGCUAAAAGGUGGACUUGGUGAACCAUAUUUAGUAACAGUGAGGGUUUUAGUAGCUUUACGUUUGUUUAACAAGAAUAAUAAGUGCAAUAGAAACCAAGAAAGCAAUCAUUCAUCAAUAAUGUAUUCAUCUUCUAUAGCAUCUAAUACUAGUGCUAGUUAUGGAGUUGGAAAUAUAGGGACUUCUAAUAUUUCGGCUAAUUCUGGGAAUAAUAUUGGUUUUAGAACAAACAAUGAAGAGACUUGUAAUAAUCUAAAUUUUCUAGUAUUAUCCGAGUGUGAUCCUAUAAUAUGGCCUUGCAUUAGCAUAGUAGGAAGUACACUACGUGAUGGAUUUGCUUGCAAUCGAACCCAAGAAUCUUUAAUGAAUGUAUCUUAUACGCUAAUAAUAAAAUCAGAGGCAGACUUAUCAGAUGUUGCUUUUGCUUUUUCUGAGCCACACUUCUUAAUGGCAUGUUCGGAGUUCAUUGUUGAAACAGCCAUAGCAACAAUGUCUCAACCUUCAGUUGAUGCUUUAUUAGUAUUAGAUCCUCAAAGGAGAAAAAUUCCACUAGCAUUAUUAGUUCUUGGAAUGAACUCACCAUAUACUUUUAUUAACAGCAAUAAUAACAUAAACAAACGCCUUUAUGGAAAUUAUGGUAAUAUUGAUGGAUAUCCUACAGUAUCUGGUUUAAAUCAAGCAAAAGUAAGUAGACUAGCUGCAUACCAGAUAAAUAAUACUUCUUCUGUGGUACCUUCUUUAAAUAUGAGGAAAAGGCUGAAGAUAUCUGAUAUAGGUCAUGGAACCAGUUCUGCUAUGAGACUAGAUUCAGUAUUUAAUUAUCUCGUAACUACAAAUACAACGAUUUUACCAAGGGAAGCUGCAUCAGUUAAUCUUAGUACUCAAAAUCAGUGCCCCAGUAAAAAUCUAAUAAUUCAUAAAGCUGCGAGACUUAGUCAAACUGUUUUAUCUACAUUUUUACCAUUGCUAGAUCGUUAUUUAGAAGUUUCUCUUAUUAGUGCUAAUAGCUCAAGUAGUAGUGAUAUGUCAAAUAAGACAAAGAGAAAUGAAACUUUAAAAAUAAUCAGAAAUGAAUUAAAGUCAGUAGUAAGAAAUAUGGAAAUAAGCUCUGCAAAUUAUGAAACUUUGAAUAUGGGAGUUUCUACGGCUCAUGAGAGUUCUACCAAUUGUAGAGAACUAACAAUGAUAGUUAGUUUACAGGUAGUACGCCUCAUAUCUUUAGCAUUAUUCUUUGUUGGAUUAAAGCCACAUUCCCCUAUAAAAAACAAAUAUAAUACCACAAAUACUUUAAAUAUUUCAUCUAACUGUAAUAAUGAACUAAAUAACACUCAAGGAUUUAUUUAUGGUCACGUACAUUUAGAAAAUUCUGAAAUGAGUUCUUAUUCCACUUGUUGUACUACUUCUAUGACUCCUACAUGUAUUGAUUUAUCUAUAAGAUUAAUGGAGAUAUCCUUAGCUUCAGACUGGAUUACUCACUUUUUUCUAAAAUCAAUUGUAUGUCUUUUAUGUACCUAUCCAAGAAUUCUACCAAACUUAACGAACAUUUCAAAUUCCAGAUCAACAAAUAAUGAUUUAUUUUCUAUUCAGGACUCUAAUUAUACUACCAAGUCGUUGAUUGGCUAUAUUCCUUCAGAUAUUGUACAGGCCUUAAUUUGCAGAAUUGUUAUUCCAUCAAUUAGAGAUCCUCUAAUUGGAAGCUCAGAAUUAAAUCUUGCUUUCGAAAUAAUAACUAACAAUGAAGUUUGUAAGAUAUUAGACUCUAAGACAAAACGAGCAUGUAUAGAAAGAAUUUGGAAUAGGAAUCCUUUUGCAUUUAAUAUACAUACUAAUGAAGUUGAUGGAAAUGACUUUGAAGUAAUUAUUCAAGAUAUACAUUUAAAGGAUUUGGUUGAAAAGAUUAAGAGCGUUGAUAUUACGAGGCUUAUUGUUAGUGUUUACAUCCCUUAUAAAUUAAAAUUUUGGAAGUACCAUUUUAUCGGGUUAAGUGAUACCCUUUAUUUGUGGAAACGUUGGCUAGUCUACCUUGGCUUAUGUAUUUCAAAAUUAGAUCCAUCAUUUUCUGAAAUCCACCUUCUAUAUGAUACAAUAAACAAAAAUUAG